AUGGUGGGUGGCGGGGAGCGGAGCUGUCCUCGCCGUGUCUGCGGGGAGCCCGGGGGGUGUGGAGGGGGCCCGGGCGUUGCUCCUGCUCCGGGGGCUCCUUUGAAGCCGGGCCUGGGCAUUGAAAAAGCGGCUGGACCCCCGGGGGGGGCACGGAGCGGGGUGCCAGCUCUGCCCCAUCGCUCUCAGAGCAGCCACUUCCCCCCCGAGGGCACCCCACACUUACCCCCAUCGCAGAAAUCCGCCGACCCGGGGUUGUCAAUAGUCGGAAGGCGACAACGGGACCCCUGGUCCUGGUUUCGGUCCCGGUGCCGCCGCCACUUCCCUUUCCCGGGUCAGCUGCCGCUCUCCCCGGCCCGGUACCCCCCGUAUCCCCCCGGUAAGAACCGCCGGGGGGUCCCGGGGCCGCUCCGCACCUGCCGCCGGUCCGGGAGCUGGGAGUCCCGGGGGGGGAUCCGGGGGGAGAUCCCGGGGGGCGGUGGGAGCCGGAGCGGCCGCAGCCGCGAUCGCAUCAUCCCCCGCGGGCAGCACCGGGACCGGUACCAGCUCCGGGACCUCCAGCGCGUCCGGCCCGCUCCGGGAACAAUGGCCGAGACAUUCCUGGUGGAGAGCCCCGACGUGACCUACAGCAGAGACUUCAUCGAGGCCAAGUACACGUACAACACCGUGCAUGUCACCAAGGAGAACGGGGUCACCAAGGUCCGACCAUGCUCGACCCGUUUCACCUUCCGGACCGGGCGACACGUCCCUCGUCUGGGGGUGAUGCUGGUGGGCUGGGGGGGCAACAAUGGGACAACGGUGACAGCAGCCGUGCUGGCCAACAAGCUGGGGCUGUCCUGGAUGACCAAGACAGGGCGCAAGAAAGCCAACUACUAUGGCUCCCUGCUCCAAGCUUCCACCGUCUGCCUGGGUUCCAGCCCCACUGGUGAUGUCUACGUGCCUUUCCGGGACCUUCUGCCCAUGGUGCAUCCCAACGACAUCGUCUUCGACGGUUGGGACAUCUCCUCGCUGAACCUGGCGGAGGCCAUGAGGAGGGCGGAGGUGCUGGAUUGGCAGCUGCAGGAGCAGCUGUGGCCCCACAUGGAGAAGAUGAGGCCCCGACCUUCCAUCUACAUCCCCGAGUUCAUCGCUGCCAACCAGGAGGAGCGGGCGGACAACGUCCUCCGCGGGUCCAUGGCCGAGCAGGUGGAGCAGAUCCGCAGGGACAUCCGGGAUUUUAAGGAGAGCAGCGGGGUGGACAAAGUCAUCGUCCUCUGGACGGCCAACACUGAGCGGUUCUGUGACAUCGUGCCCGGGCUCAAUGACACUGCUGAGAACCUCCUGAGGGCCAUCGAGAGAGGUCUGGAGGUGUCCCCAUCCACGCUCUUCGCCGUGGGCAGCAUCCUGGAGGGCUGUGCCUACAUCAAUGGCUCUCCCCAAAACACCUUCGUGCCCGGGGCUGUGGAGUUGGCCUCCCAGCACAACGUCUUCAUCUGUGGGGACGACUUCAAGUCGGGUCAGACCAAGCUGAAGUCGGUGCUGGUGGACUUCUUGGUGGGCGCAGGGCUGAAGACCAAAUCCAUCGUCAGCUACAACCACCUGGGCAACAACGAUGGGAAGAACCUCUCAGCCCCGCAGCAGUUUCGCUCCAAGGAGAUCUCCAAGAGCAACGUGGUGGAUGACACAGUCCAAGCCAACCCCAUCCUCUACGGACCCCAGGACAAACCCGACCACUGCGUGGUGAUCAAGUAUGUGCCCUACGUGGGGGACAGCAAGCGGGCCCUGGAUGAGUACACCUCGGAGAUCAUGAUGGGCGGCACCAACACCAUCGUCAUCCACAACACCUGUGAGGACUCGCUGCUGGCCAGUCCCAUCAUCCUGGACUUGGCCAUCCUGACGGAGCUGUGCCAACGCGUCACCUUCUGCACCGAGGCCGAUCCCGAGUUCCAGGGGUUCCACAGCGUCCUCUCCAUCGUCGCCUUCCUCUGCAAAGCCCCCCUGGUCCCCGAGGGCACCCCCGUGGUCAACGCUCUGUUCCGCCAGCGCAGCUGCAUCGAGAACAUCCUCAGGUACCCUCCCCCCAACCCCCAUACCCACCCCACCCACCCCACACCCACCAUGAGCCCCCUCCUGCUGCUCCACACCCAGGGUGUCCCCCUGAGCACCCCCCCUGUGGGUGGGUUUGGGGUGCCCAAGGCUUGGGGGUGA